AUGUCGGCCGACUUUUGGGCUGGCUACAUCAGCGGAGCAGCAGGGAUUCUGAUUGGUAACCCGCUCGAUGUAGUCAAGGUCCGAUUGCAGGCAGCUCAGCCAACUACAGCUGCCUCUGGCCCGAUAUCGUCGCCCGUGUCACCGCUCCCGUCCCAUGCAGCAAACACCCCGCAUCAAGAUGCUGCAUCCAGAUCAUUCUCCAGAAUAAGGGCCUUGGCCGCGGGCACAGCAGCUCCGGUUCUGGGCUACGGCGCCCUCAACGCCCUGCUCUUUGUGUCGUACAACCGGACGGAAGCACUGCUCAACUCGGCGUUUGCGGGGAGUAAUGCCCCCUUGACUGCUGCGGCUGGCGACGGCGGCACCGCCACCACCGGUUCCAAUCUCUGGACGACCUGGAUCGCCGGCGCCGUGGGCGGACUGGCGACAUGGGUGGUGAGCACGCCGACGGAGCUGGUCAAGUGCCGCACGCAGCUGGCCCUGUCGUCUCAAUUGUCGUCCCUUCCGGGCAACAGCUCGCAACCGACGACGACCUCAUCCUGGGCCGUCGCCAAACACGCGUGGCGGACCGAGGGCGGCAUCAGGGCCUUUUACUUUGGCGGAGGGGUGACGGCGCUGCGGGACAGCAUCGGCUACGGCUUCUACUUUUGGACGUACGAGCUUUGCUCGCAGUGGAUGGAGGGUCGGUCGGGACGUGCCGCGGACGGAGGAGGAGGAGGAGGAGGAGGAGGAGGAGGAGGAGGAGGGUCGGGAGGUUUCGUCAACGACUUCAUAUCCAGCGAGGCCGCGCGCGUGCUGCUCGCCGGCGGCCUGGCGGGCGUCGUCACCUGGGCGAGCGUCUUCCCGCUCGACACCAUCAAGACCCGCGUGCAGGCGCAACAGAUCAAUGCGACUCCUGGGCUGGGCACGGCUGGCGUGACGGCGGCCGCGACGGCGCAGGGAAUGCUCAGUACAGAGAGAACUGCGCUUCUGUCGCCCGCCGCGGGUGAUACUCGGGCCGACCGAGGAAUGGCAGAGGCUGAAGCGCAGAAAGUGCCGCAGCAGCGGCGGCUGGGGGCUGUAGAGAUUGCCAGGCAGGCCUAUAGGGAAGGCGGGGUGGGCGUCUUCUUCAGGGGCCUGGGUGUCUGCAGCUUGAGAGCCUUCAUCGUCAACGCGGCGCAGUGGGCCGUUUACGAAUGGAUUAUGCGCGAGUUGGGCCAAGGCAGAGACAAGAGAUUGUCUACAAAUUCCAUAGACCCUGACGCAAUUAUGAACUCCUAA